CGCGUCGGCUCUGCAAGUGAUUCCUCCUUUCAACCUACAACCACCAUCCAUAUCUUAUAUAACUCAACAGAAAAUAUCAGAUUAAGCAGUCGGUCGCAUAGAUACUAAAAUUCCCUGCCAAAGUCUAUACAACAUAAUGAAUUACGAACCAGCAGAUCUAACGUCGGUGCUGCGAACGCUCUCUGCGCUAUCCAAUCAACAACCCCCAGCUUUCUCUGCCCAAACACAAAACCCCGCAGACUCCGAAGAUAACGAUUUAUACGAACCAUCGGACCAUAUUCCCUCGGUCCCUGUGACUUGCCAGCAACCGUCGCAGCAGCAGACGCGCAUACUACCCCCAACGCCUACUAACGCCCACCCUCCCCGAGUCCAGACAAUUCAAAAUGGCACAGCAAUUGACCCUGCAUCCAUUACCACAUGGAACACCGCUCUUCGCCACGUCAUGCGUACAGUUGCCCAGAAUGAAAACCUCCAAAGCCGGAUCCGAUGGUUGAUCCGCCGCCAGCACGACCACGAAAAGCAGUGGUGGCAGGGUCGGGAAGCUCUUGUAAAGAAACAACGAGCGCGAAUAGAGAAAAAAAAAGAACUCGAUGCUGUGCUACGCUCGGUUGGUGCACCAGUUGAUGAUAAGAAACCAAUCUCGACGGCCGAGGAAGAUCAGGCCGAAUUGCUUAACUACGAUGUGAAGGUCUACAAAGCUUCGAGACAAAUGGCCGGUGCGAUAAUCUCGGAGCUGCGGGGCUUAGGAAUCCCCUUUUUCAGUAUCAGAGAUAGUUUAAUACUCGCCACUGAUGCUAAAUCCGGCAUAGUGAAUCCCUUUAGGCAGAAAGAGACGCUCAUUACCAAGCAAGAUCUGGUUAAAUUGCAACGGCGCAUGCUGGAGCUGUUGCUGGAUCUUUGUGGGGAGCAGUAAGCUGUUAAUUUCUCAGAGAUGCCCGCUGGAAACAUCGGACACCUUGUGAUAGAUGCGUGCUUUAUUGCCAAUCAUAUGGUUCACUGUGGCCACUUCUCGUAUGAGAACCUGGAUUCUGAACGCAAAAACACUUAGUCGGCAAUGUUUUAAUCGGGCAAGCCAAGUGCUUGAAAAUAUCCGAGGGCAGAGGUCAGACGGUUUUUGUACCGCUGAUUAUGAUUAUGUACACAAAAUGUAUGGAUGGAAGCCUCAAUUGUCUAUCCGUUUCGCCACUUGGUAUUCAAAUGCUGCGCAUGAUCAUUAAACCCGUAUAUGCAAUGGAAAGGAAUCCCAGAUACAGAUACAACCCAGAUGACG